AUGUCCGUCUUACACGCAGCAUACAAGUGGUCUGAUAUUUUACAAAAGAGUUCAAAGGUGGCCUGGUCGUUGUCAGUACCAAGUACACAGGAUCAGUUUUCAGCUCCUGAAACAAACAGCAUUGUUUAUAAUUCAAAGGAUAAUGUACUCUACUCUGGUUGUGGUGACAACAAUAUCUACACCUGGGACUUGGAGUCAGGUAGCCACAAGAGUACAUUGUCAGGUCAUACUAACUAUGUCCACUGCUUAUCUCUAUUCAACUCCAGCAACCAAUUAGUAUCCUCCUCAGAAGAUGGCUCAGUGAGAAUAUGGGAUGGUAGAGGUGGAAAAGAAGCCCAGCAUAUAAUUGAACCUUAUAAAAAUGAGGAAUGUUGUCGACCUCAUUUUGGUCGAUGGGUAAGCUGUGUGUCUGUGGAUCCAGGUGAUGAUUGGCUGGUUUGUGGAGGGGGUGUGGCACUGUCGCUUUGGCAUUUGAGGUCGCUCUCAACAACAUGUGUAUACAACAUUGGCAACUCUUGUGCCCAAUGUGUCCAGUUCUAUGAUGACCUUCUAUAUUCUGGAGGAAGUCAUGCGAUGGUAUCACAUCUUACAAUGAAUGGUGAAGUUAAAACACAGGUUCCGUGUACACCAAACAGUGUCUUUUCAUUAGCUAUAAACACAUCCUCUGAGACAAACAAGGUGCUAAGUGUUGCAGGUAGCAGUUCUCAAGUCGACAUCUUCACAAACUUUGGCUACCGAGCCUUUUCAUUUCAAGCCGUCCCAUGACUGAAUGUAAACAACUAAAGAAUCAUGGUACAAAUAUUUGAUAUUAUACUCCAGGUAGAUACAUUCCAUAGACUAAAUUUAACCGGUCAGUUUGUAUUUCACUGAUGUGAACAUCAGCAGCUUGUCUGCUGUGCAGUCUACAAGCCUUAAAAAAAUACAUGUUAUAAUUUUAUUCAAAAUUAAAGAAAAAACCCUUUAUCUAAAUUACUCGAAAAACAUGUGCUUAGGCCUGGAGAAAAAAAUUAUGAUAUGUUGUACAGCUGGUUUUACUAUAACAAUGAAGGGGUGUUUGACAAAUAACUCGGGAACGAUUAAUGAGUUACAAAUACAGGAGGAAAAAGAGGCACAACCACUGCCGAGAUUGAUUUGGUGGUUAUGUUUAGUUUCUAGUACAUUCUAUCUAGCAAUGCUACAAUACUCACAUGGAUGGAAUUGGUAGCGGCAUAAUGAAUGGUACAGUAUGGUGUGUUUGAAACAAAAAAUUAAUAUGCUUUAUUACUGUCACAUUUUUAAUAAAAUCAUUUUGCUAUUGUUGUACAAAUAA